UUUUUGAAGAGCCCGAAGACCCAAGUAACCGGUCAUUUUUUUCUGAGAUCAUCUCCUCCAUCUCCGAUGUCAAAUUCAGCCACAGUGGGAGGUAUAUCAUGACCAGGGACUAUCUCACCGUCAAGGUGUGGGACCUGAACAUGGAGAACCGGCCCAUUGAGACCUACCAGGUCCACGACUACCUGCGCAGCAAGCUCUGCUCGCUCUACGAGAACGACUGCAUCUUCGACAAGUUCGAGUGCGUCUGGAACGGCGCCGACAGCGUCAUCAUGACCGGCUCCUACAACAACUUCUUCCGCAUGUUCGACCGCAACACCAAGCGGGACGUGACGCUGGAGGCCUCGCGGGAGAGCAGCAAGCCCCGCGCCAUCCUCAAGCCCCGCAGGGUCUGCGUGGGCGGCAAGCGCAGGAAGGACGAGAUCAGCGUGGACAGUCUGGACUUUAGCAAGAAGAUCCUGCACACAGCUUGGCACCCCUCCGAGAAUAUC